GCGCUGCGAUGGGCCGGAGGAAAGCGCCGGGUACCGCGUCUCUCGGCCGGGCGCUUAUCCGCCAUCAGACUCAGCGGAGCCGUGGCCAGCGUCGCGCCGACUCGUGGUUGCACACCAGUGAACUCAAUGAUGGCUAUGAUUGGGGUCGUCUUAAUCUUCAGUCAGUGACUGAACAGAGCUCCCUUGAUGACUUCCUUGCAACUGCAGAACUUGCAGGAACAGAGUUCGUAGCUGAGAAGCUUAAUAUUAAGUUUGUGCUUCCUGAGGCUAAAACUGGACUGCUGUCUUUUGAGGAGAGCCAGAGAAUUAAGAAGCUCCAUGAAGAAAACAAACAGUUCUUAUGUAUUCCAAGGAGACCAAAGUGGGACAAAAAAACAAGCCCUGAGGAACUCAAGCAGGCAGAGAAAGACAACUUUCUAGAAUGGAGACGUCAGCUCGUCCGGCUAGAAGAGGAACAAAAGCUGAUAUUGACUCCAUUUGAAAGAAAUUUGGACUUUUGGCGCCAACUCUGGAGGGUGAUUGAAAGAAGCGAUAUCGUGGUCCAGAUAGUAGAUGCUCGAAACCCACUCCUGUUUAGAUGUGAGGAUUUGGAAUGUUAUGUGAAAGAAAUAGAUGACGAGAAGGAGAAUGUUAUUCUGAUAAAUAAGGCAGAUUUGUUGACUUCUGAGCAGCGGAGUGCCUGGGCCACGUACUUUGAAAAAGAAAAUGUGAAGGUUAUUUUCUGGUCAGCUUUGGCUGAAGCCGUCCCACUGAUUAUUGACCCUAAGGAACAAGCAAAUGGAGAUGCUGAAGAAGCCAACAGAACUGACUUUGAAAACUCCAGUUGCGAUGAGGCCGAAAUGCCACAAGGUGAGCCUCGACAUCUAGACAGGGGUCCUCUGUCACUUAGUGAAGUUGUCACUAGUGAUGAAGACGACAGUGAGUAUGAGGACUGUCUGGGAGAGGAGGAGGAGGAGGAGGAUUGGCAGACGUGUUCGGAAGAGGACAGCAGCCCUAAUGAAGAAGCCCGUGGCCAGGGCUGGGAGGAAAGCUGUGCUGUGGAUGGUGAGGCACAGGCCAGGAAAACCCCGCAGAAGAGGCAGACACGCAAUUUCAGCCAUCUGGUAUCAAAGCAGGAGCUACUGGAGAUCUUUAAGCAGCUGCACACUGGGAAGAAGGUGAAAGAGGAGCACCUUACUGUUGGACUGGUAGGCUACCCAAAUGUUGGUAAGAGUUCAACAAUCAACACUAUCAUGGGCAACAAGAAAGUAUCUGUGUCUGCCACACCUGGUCACACCAAGCAUUUUCAGACUCUCUUUGUGGAACCUGGCCUCUGCUUAUGUGACUGCCCAGGCCUGGUGAUGCCAUCCUUUGUAUCUACCAAGGCAGAGAUGAUUUGCAAUGGAAUCCUCCCAAUUGACCAGAUGAGAGAUCACGUUCCACCUAUAUCAUUAAUUUGCCAGAAUAUUCCACGACAUGUUUUAGAAGCUACUUAUGGCAUUACUAUCAUAAAGCCUAGAGAGGAUGAAGAUCCCCAUCGACCUCCAACUUCAGAGGAACUGCUGACAGCUUAUGGAUAUAUGCGAGGAUUCAUGACAGCACAUGGACAGCCAGACCAGCCUCGAUCUGCACGCUACAUUCUGAAGGAUUAUGUCAGUGGUAAACUCCUGUACUGUCAUCCCCCUCCCGGGAGAGAGCCCCUGACCUUCCAGCAUCAGCACCAGCGGCUACUGGGGAACAAGUGGAGUGGUGGUGGAAUAAAAAUACAGCCAGGUCGAAAUGAAAAAGCAAAACAGAUUGAAAAUGUUGUUGACAAAACUUUUUUUCAUCAAGAAAAUGUGAGAGCUUUGACCAAAGGAGUCCAGGCUGUGAUGGGCUACAAGCCUGGGAGUGGCCUGGUGACUGCACCUACUAUGAGCUCUGAGAGCGGGGCUGGAAAACCCUGGAAAAAACAUGGCAACAGAAAUAAAAAAGAGAAAAGUCGUAGACUCUACAGGCACCUGGAUACAUGAACACAACAGAAAUGGCAUCUGCACUAUGCUCCUGGAGGAGAAGAAGCUGCUCCUGCCUGUGGUGCUCUAGCACGGACCCUGCUCUUGGCGCACAGCCACACCAGCCGUCAAUAUCAAGACCGAGGGCUCCUUGAAGCACCAGCUCUCUCUAAUGUAGUCAUCUUGGAGCCCCAGAAACCACCUAUGGAAGGCUGAAUUUCAGAUGGGGGAAAGAAUGAUGUAUAUCUGUUUGUGUAAACAUACACAAAUGUAUACUAAUUUGUAGGUUGUGAAUUUUUUGAAAAGAUUAAAAUUAAAUUGCCACUAA